AAAAAGUGACUCGAAGCACAUAAUUGCACCCAGCCGCGGCGCCUUUGGAAGGAUGUGAGCUAAAUGGCCAAUCAAACAGAGCUUUCGAGCUUAAAGGAGCCGCCCACUUCUGUGCUUUAAUACUUGAUGGGCUCCUUAAUACAGACCAUUCAAUAGACCACCACUGAAGCGCCUAAGACCAAGCAAAGGUGUGGUCAUUUGGAUCACCAUCAUGCCAAAGUUGAGUCCGUUCAGCUCUGUUUUUACGGAUAUUCCAAAUAAGGCCGUUUUUAGUUAGAGUAGCAUUCUUCCAUUCAUGCUCAUGUCAAUCAUGCCAACAGAAAGCUGCGCUCGUCUUUGCUCCCCUCGGAUCUGAUUCAUUUGGGGUUUCCGAUUGUCCCUUUUACGCACCAAGACAUCACCAACACGAGUUCCUUAAAUCCGCGUGAUUUUUUGAUGUGCUAUCUGCUCUGGCUGUCUGAACUUGUUGGACACAUAUCUUCAGUCUCCUCGAAGCGCAUUCCACAUCAAUAGGUUCUUCUGCAUGGAUUAAAACGCGACCGGUCUUCUUCAUCUUGAAUAAUUCUGGAGAAGACGCGUAAAAGGUUCGCAGUCCAGCCAUGGCCAUGGUGGUGAGCGUGUGGAGAGAUCCGCAGGAGGAACUACCACCGGGGGGAUCUCUGGAUGAGCCGAGCGGACCGGGGAGAGACCACCCCCAGCACCACCGCAUGAGCGCAGCCGCGCACUCUCCAAACACCGGACUUCCCACCGCGGAGGAUAAGGGACAGAACUCAGCCCAGAACCAGCAGCACAUUGAGUGCGCUGUUUGCGGGGAUAAAUCCAGCGGGAAGCACUACGGACAGUUCACGUGUGAGGGAUGCAAAAGUUUCUUCAAGCGGAGUGUUCGGCGGAACUUAACGUACACGUGCCGUGCCAACAGAAGCUGCCCGGUGGAUCAGCACCACAGGAACCAGUGCCAGUACUGCCGCCUGAAGAAAUGCCUGAAAGUGGGCAUGAGACGCGAAGUUCAGCGAGGAAGAAUGCCACCAAACCAGCCGAACCCGAGCCAUUACGUGCUGACCAAUGGAGACCCCCUGAAUGGCCAAUGCUACCUAUCCGGAUACAUAUCCCUUCUGCUUCGGGCCGAACCAUAUCCAGCCUCACGAUAUGGAAACCAGUGCAUGCAGUCCGGUAACAUCAUGGGCAUAGAGAACAUCUGCGAGCUGGCGGCCCGUUUGCUCUUCAGUGCGGUGGAAUGGGCAAGGAACAUCCCUUUCUUUCCUGACCUUCAAAUCACGGAUCAGGUGUCUCUCCUCAGACUCACCUGGAGUGAACUUUUUGUCCUGAACGCUGCGCAGUGCUCCAUGCCGCUCCAUGUGGCUCCUCUCCUGGCCGCCGCUGGACUUCACGCGUCCCCAAUGUCUGCGGAUCGGGUCGUGGCCUUCAUGGAUCAUAUCCGCUUCUUCCAGGAGCAGGUGGAGAAGCUGAAGGCCCUGCAGGUGGACUCUGCCGAAUACAGCUGUGCCAAAGCAAUAGUGCUGUUCACAUCAGAUGCAUGCGGCCUUUCAGACGUACCGCAUAUAGAAGGUCUUCAGGAGAAAUCCCAGUGUGCGCUCGAGGAGUACGUGAGGAGCCAGUACCCGAACCAGCCCACUCGCUUCGGCAAGCUUCUGCUGAGACUCCCCGCGCUCCGCAUGGUCUCCUCCUCCGUCAUAGAACAGAUUUUCUUCGUUCGACUGGUGGGUAAAACACCCAUCGAGACGCUCAUCAGGGAUAUGCUGCUAUCUGGGAGCAGUUUCAACUGGCCCUAUAUGUCCAUUCAAUGAGAGAGAGAUGAACAUGAUGGUCGUUUUGGUGAGCAAAACAUACAGGAUGAAACUGAAAUCUCUCUCACUCAGUGUCGCUUUAUAUAGCAAUGAUAUUGUGAAAAUGUGAAGAUAUCUUUACUCUCUUUCUCCUGAUCUCUAUACUUUAACAUCAUAUGUGCCAUAAAGACUUUACAAAAUAGGCUAACGUUUGAUUGAUUUCCUCACGGUGUAAUUGUCGAUAUUUUACUGUCUUAAUUUAGUUGUUUGAUCGAGGGAGUAGCGUACGCUUUGAUCCAAAAUAACAGAAAUAAAAUCACUAUUGGUGUUACCAUAAAACCUUCAACAAAUACCACGUUUGUUUCGCGGAGACAAUGGAUUUAACAUUUAUUUAUUUUGUUGUAGGCUAUUUAUUUUCCUGCUCAUCAACUUCCUGUAUCUAAACAAUCAACCACAGCACUUACGGUUAUGUUUUUCUGAGGCUCGACAAUAAAUGUUAUUGAUGUAUUUUUCAACGGUUUUCUCGGUAUUAAGUAUUACAAUUCAAACCCUUAAAUGAUCAGGGUGGGCGAUGUUGGAUUUGAUGUACGAUGGAUGAAACAUUUGAUUAAACAAUUUGCAUUAAUCAUUUCGUGCGUAAAUGUGCUUUUUGUUUUUACCUUUUCUAAUAAAGAUAGUUUUCAUAA